CUCUGUCCGCUGAGCGCGCCGGUCACCUGGGGCUGCCGGGGAGCGGAGCGCGGCGGGACCGGGGCGGGACGCGAGGGGCCCGGACCGGUGGGAGCGCGGCCGGCGGGCGGCGCCCGAGUGCGGGAGGAUGCGGGAGCGCACCCGCACGUCGCUGCCGCUGCCGCUGCUGCUGGCCCUGCUGCUCCCGCCGCCGCUGUGGGGCGGCCCCCCGGAGCCCGAGCCCGAGCGCGACCGCCACCGCGACCGCGGGCCGCUGCAGCCCUUCGAUGUGCUCUACGCCAGCGGCGUGGCCGCCUAUUACGGCGGGGACUACGAACGCGCCGUGCGCGACUUGGAAGCGGCGCUGCGCAGCCACCGGCGCCUGCGGGAGACCCGCGUGCGCUGCGCCCGCCACUGCGCCGCGCGCCGCCCGCUCGCGCCCCCCGGCGGCGCGGGGCCCGGCUCCGAGCUGCCCUUCUUCCGCGCCCUGCUGGAGCGCGCGCGCUGCCAGCGCAGCUGCUGGAGCCAGCGCCUCGGGGGCCCCGAGUCCCUGUACCGCGCCAGCGAGGAUGUGCGGAGCGACUUCCAGCGCCGAGUGCCCUACAACUACCUGCAGCGGGCCUACCUCAAGCUUGACCAGCUGGAAGAGGCAGCACAGGCAGCCCACACUUUUUUCAUGGCCAACCCUGAGCACAUGGAAAUGCAGCAGAACAUCGAGAAUUACAGAACCAUGGCUGGUGUGGAAUCACACCAGUUGGUAGAUCGAGAGGCCAAGCCACACUUGGAGAGCUACAGUGCAGCAGUGAAGCAUUAUGAGGCUGAUGACUUUGAACUGGCUAUCAAGUACUUUGAAAAGGCUUUAAGAGAAUAUUUCAAUGAAGAUGCGGAGUGCCGAGCCCUGUGUGAGGGGCCUCAGAGAUUUGAAGAGUACAAUUACUUAGGCUAUAAAGCGGGUCUCUAUGAAACCAUCGCAGAUCACUACAUGCAGGUGCUGGUUUGUCAGCAUGAGUGCGUGAGGGAACUUGCCACGCGCCCCGCCCGCCUCUCACCCAUCGAGAACUUUCUUCCUCUGCAUUACGACUACCUGCAGUUUGCCUACUACCGAGUUGGUGACUAUAUAAAAGCUUUGGAGUGUGCUAAGGCCUACAUCCUGUUCCAUGCUGAUGACGUGGACGUGCUGGACAAUGUGGAUUACUAUGAAAGUCUGUUGGAGGAUAGCACAGACCCAGCAUCCAUUGAGGCUAGAGAGGAUGCGGCAAUGUUUGUGAAACGUCAUAAACUUGAAGCUGAAUUGAUAAAAUCGACUGCAGAGGGUCUGGGAUUUUCAUACACUGAACCAAAUUAUUGGAUUCGAUAUGGAGGACGACAAGAUGAAAAUCGGGUGCCUUCAGGAGUGAAUGUGGAGGAGGCAGAAGUACAUGGGUUGUCAAUCAGAAAGAAAUCGUCAGCUAAGAUACACCGAGAUUUAACAGAGGGUGGCCCUCUGCUGUAUGAAAAUGUCACCUUUGUGUAUAACUCGGAGCAGCUGAACGGGACUCAGCGGGUUCUCCUGGAUAAUGUCCUGUCUGAAGAGCAGUGCCGGGAGCUGCACAGCGUGGCCAGGAGAAUCAUGCUUGUUGGUGAUGGAUACAGAGGAAAGACUUCACCCCAUACACCCAAUGAAAAGUUUGAAGGUGCAACUGUCCUGAAAGCACUCAAAUUUGGUUAUGAGGGCCAAGUCCCGCUGAAGAGUGCCCGUCUGUUUUAUGAUGUCAGUGAGAAGGCCCGAAAGAUCGUGGAAUCCUAUUUCAUGCUGAACUCAACCCUGUAUUUUUCCUAUACACACCUGGUCUGCCGAACAGCCCUGUCCGGUCAGCAAGACAGAAGAAACGACCUCAGUCAUCCCAUCCAUGCGGACAACUGCCUGCUGGAUCCCGAAGCCAACGAGUGCUGGAAGGAGCCCCCUGCGUACACUUUCCGGGACUAUAGUGCUCUUCUAUAUAUGAACGAUGACUUUGAAGGAGGAGAAUUCAUAUUCACUGAAAUGGACGCUAAGACGGUGACUGCCUCUAUCAAACCAAAGUGUGGGCGUAUGAUCAGCUUCUCAUCUGGAGGGGAGAACCCGCAUGGGGUGAAGGCAGUCACCAAAGGCCAGCGCUGUGCUGUGGCUCUGUGGUUUACCUUGGACCCACUCUACAGAGAGCUGGAACGAAUAAAGGCCGAUGAAGUGAUUGCAAUUCUGGAUCAAGAGCAGCAAGGGAAGCAUGAACUGAGUAUCAACCCCAAGGAUGAGCUAUAACAACGAGAAUGUUCUAAGAAAUAUUUAUUUAAGUUGUUAAUCUUAGAAGAACCUUUUUAUUUUUGUACAGAAUUGUGGUAUAAAUUAACAGGUUAAUAUGAGUUGCUCGAUCUCCUUUCUGUUCCUAUCGAUCCUUGCUUCCUCUAACUCUGUCUUUCAUGGUUUUCUUCAGUUACCUUCUUGAAGCCCAGUCAGCGGUCCAUCCACACACCACACACCACACACAUGCAACCCAGCACACACACACACCGCACCAACCUACGCACAACACAUGUACAACAUAACACAGAUACUACUACACACAAGCAACAGGCAGAUAUUCAAACACCACAUACAAUGCACCAUAAAAACAUGCAAAGACCCACCAUAUGUAUGACAUAAUACACAAACAUACAAACACAUGUCAUCCCUACAAAAUAAUACAUCAUUAUAUAAACACAUAUCACAACACAAACAAAUGCACUACACAGACAACACACUCACACACCACACAAAUACAUAAUAUUCAAAUACAGAAACAAGCCAUAUACAAAUACGAUACCAUACCAAUAGACACAACGCACAGAUACACAAAAUCCCACCAUGUAUAGCAUACAGAAAUAUACACUGCACACACUGAUGACAUAUACAGACAUGCACUACACACACACAAAAAUACAACACACAUGUCCAGAAACAUGCACAGAAACACACACACACUUUAUUGCAUGGACACAGAUCAGAGGGAAUAAGCUCGUCCUUUGUAAAAGCACAGCUCUGGUGCAUUCCCCAGGCCUAAAGUUAGCAUGUGCCUUGGUCUUGGUGGCCUUUCUGGCUUAUUGCCUUUCAGUAGUAUCUGUCCCCAAUGUCCUGACCCUGAGCUCGGCCUCCUCUGUCGCCAGUGCCAGCUCAGCUUGGUAAGCCCUCUGGUAGAAUCUGCGUUGCCUCAGCCCUCAGGGGCACAGAAGGCAUCCAGGCUCCAGGAAGGAGCCACAGACAAGGACUGUGAGAUAGGGUCACCGGUCUUUCCAGGGCCCCGUGGUGGCUCUGUGGCUCUGGCAUUUUCACCAGGGGGGCAAUUUACAUUGGAAGCUCUGAUCCAUUGCCGCCAGUGCACUGGAGGGGUAUCCUGGCAGUUGGAAGUCAUAUGGCAGCUGAAGUGGAAUGGCCUUGCCAGCAACCUCGGAACAACACCUUAGUCCCCCACGGCACAGGGCACCACAGGGGGCCGCUGGAGCAUCACAGCCACUGGAGGAGAGGAAUGCUUUGUGUUCCAGUCAGGAAACACACCCCUGUUGACCCCAGGCUUCAUCUGCCCCUCCCUAUGGUUGCUGUACAGCUCACAGACCCUGCUUGUGUCUGAGCUGCUUAAUAAAAGGACCCUUAUUUUCA